CCUCAGCUCUGAUCAUUUUUCCACUAAACCCAUAUUCCUCUUUCACCUAUUUUAUUCUCUCUCCCUCACUUACAUUUUCUUCCUUUUUUCGGUUGCAUUCCAAAUUCUCAAGCUUUAAUAAAACCCUCAUUUUAGCUGAGGGAUAGAUACAGAGAACAAGAGCUAGAAACAGCUCAAAUUUAGUUCUGUUCUUCAUAUUUAUCAUAUAAAGUUUUGAUCUUUUUGCACUUGUUUCAAUUUGCUUAUGGCUGCGGUUGCUGAGAUUGCCGGGGAGGCAGCCUCUGCCAACAACCAGAAGCUGGAUUCAAUAUCGAAACCGGUGUCUGAAUCGAAACCCAAAUCGGAUUUCGAUGUUCAGAAGCUGGUGGAUAUGUUCACCAAGUUGAACCCGUUAGCCAAAGAGUUCUUCCCUUCAUCUUACUCACCUCUCCAAAACCACAAUUUUGAUACCUCUUUUGCUGUCAAUAACAGUAAGCUCUUGCCCACUGACAAUCGCAGGAGAAGCAAUAACUAUAAUCAGGGGAAGAGAAGAUUAAGUGGGAGAGCUUUCAGAGCUGAGCGCGAAAAUAGUAUUAGACGAACAGUUUAUGUUUCUGAUAUAGAUCAGCAAGUUACUGAAGAGCGUCUUGCUGCCAUUUUCAGUAAUUGUGGACAAGUUGUUGACUGCCGAAUUUGUGGUGAUCCGCAUUCAGUACUCCGUUUUGCAUUUGUGGAGUUUGCUGAUGAGCAUGGUGCGAGAGCUGCUUUGAACCUUGGUGGGACAAUGUUAGGGUAUUAUCCUGUCAGGGUCUUACCCUCAAAAACUGCCAUCCUUCCUGUGAACCCUACAUUUCUCCCUAGGUCAGAAGAUGAGCGGGAAAUGUGUAGCAGGACUGUAUAUUGUACAAAUAUCGAUAAGAAGGUUUCUCAAGCUGAAGUCAAAAGUUUCUUUGAAACAGCUUGUGGUGAGGUUACUCGUUUGAGGCUUUUGGGAGAUCAUGUUCAUUCAACUCGUAUAGCUUUUGUUGAAUUUGCAAUGGCAGAAAGUGCCAUACUUGCACUGAAUUGUAGCGGAAUGGUGUUGGGAACACAACCCAUCAGGGUAAGUCCAUCAAAGACUCCUGUGCGCCCACGUGUCACUCGUCCGACAUUGCAUUAACCACCACGGCAAAGAUCCAUGGAUGAAGCUUGGUAGGCGGGAUUGGCAAACACAGAAACCUUCUUGUGUUUGAAGGGGUGAUUAUUAUAUAUUCCUUUCAGUAUUUCCAUCUUUUCCGUUGCAGUGGUUCUUUAAAUAUUCAGACCCCGCUUCAGUUGAAGUUUCAAGA